GAAACUCUCAUCUAUCGACCAUUCAUAUGCAUAACAUGUAAGGCCCUUAACCCUCCACGUCUCACUCAAAUAUCACAUUGUAUAAAAACCCUUUCUUUUUUCUCUUCUCUCUCCCUAAUCCCUAUAUAUUAGCCUUAUCCCUGGUAUCGGUUCAACAAACCCACAAGUUUUAAUAGGUUAGAGAAAUCUACAAACAGAACCCAAGUUUUUUUUUUCCAAGAUUUUACUCGCUAUAAAAAGAUGGCUGCUGCCAAGAAUGAGAUGGAAGUGGUGAAAGGGCUAGACAUAAAGAGGUACAUGGGAAGAUGGUAUGAGAUAGCUUCAUUCCCAUCAAGAUUUCAACCCAAGAAUGGAGUGAACACAAGGGCCACGUACACUUUGAAUGAAGAUGGUACCGUGCAUGUGUUGAAUGAGACAUGGAGUGAUGGCAAAAGAGGGUAUAUUGAAGGUACUGCUUAUAAGGCUAAUCCUAAAAGUGAUGAGGCUAAACUCAAGGUCAAAUUUUAUGUCCCACCAUUCUUGCCUAUUAUUCCUGUUGUGGGAGAUUACUGGGUUUUGUAUCUUGAUGAUGACUACUCCUAUGCUUUGAUUGGCCAGCCUAGCAGGAAUUAUCUUUGGAUACUUUGCAGGAGAACUCAUCUAGAUGAUGAGAUUUACAAUCAAUUGGUGGAGAAGGCUAAAGAAGAAGGCUAUGAUGUGAGCAAACUCCAUAAGACACAACAAAGUGACCCACCACCGGAAGGAGAAGAGGGUCCCAAGGACACCAAAGGAAUUUGGUGGAUCAAAUCCAUUCUCGGAAGAUAGGAAUAGUUCAUAGAGAUUUGGAGCAUGGUAUAUGAUUAAAUAGAUUUUAGUAGCCAUCAAAUAUGCAUUUGGAUCAGUAGUUUACUGUGUGCUAGUUUCCUGGCAAUUUUAGGUUCUGUAAAUUGUCAAUCUGGAAUCUUUUAAUAAUUUUUAUAUUUAAUAUAGAAUCCAAUGAGUGUGCUGUGGGGACGCAUUUUCGGGUCUUA